AUGUUGUCUCGAGUCGCCCGCCAAAAAAAUGCCAUCCCUCCUCACCUCCGGCGUUUGAAUGGUUGUCGGAUGUCGCCUUCGUUGGCGACAUUGCGGCUUCAUUAUCAUUCAAGCCGACCCAGCCCUCUUACGAAUGCAUCAACUACGAUACCUCAGGAGCGGCCUCGCGUCUCUUCCUUGCAAUUGAAUCGGAAUCUCGCCACUGCCACAGAUCUCUCGGCCCUGGAACCGGGGUCGUUCCCUUCGCCACAAUAUGACCAGAUGGCUUCGCUCUUUCCACACUUCGCAACAGAUUUCGACCCUUCGUCUCUAAUCAUUGUCAAUGAAUCCGCGCAGACGCAGCCCCGAUUUGUUAGAUCGCACCAGGGCGUCGGUGGUCAUGAAGAUGAGAUGUUUGCAAACCUGAACGUCUGCUUGAAGGUUGGCCAGUUCGAGCGCGCUGCUGCUCUGAUCACCCGAAUCAGCACGUUCUAUCCUGUCGGUUCGUCUGAGAAUCUUGCUCUAUACAACCGCUAUCUAAAGGCGAUGGUAUCGCAUAUGAUCGUGACGCGGCAGCACAACCUGAUCUUGCCUUUGCAGAGAUGGUUUGAAGUGGAUAUGGCUGCCGGUGGCGCUAUACCAGAUGCAACUACUUACGCAGUGAUGUUGCGGAUGGCUUUGCGUAUGCUGCACGGCGGAAAACGGGACAGAACGGUGCGCCGAUACUGGGACCUUGCGAAGAAGGUGGGCUUGGAAGAAGAAGUUCUUGCUGUUCCCGUUCUCUCGGAAUUGGAACUGGGUGAACUCUCGGAGAUUUGCUCCUCGGAUCUCCAGCGCGUUGCAAUUGACAGUAUGCAGUCAGAUGCUGUGCAGGAUGAGUCAAUACCUUUAGUAUCGGAUACUACGCCCGAGGUCAGACCUGUCGAACAGAAAGGUCUUGGCCUCUCUUCUCUGAAGGAAUCCCUUUCUAUGCUCACGGAUUCUCCUGGAAUUGUUCUCCCGGAAAAUACCAUGUAUACAGCGGAGGAAAACCAGGAGCUGCGUGCCCAGCUGCGACAGAAGCAAUUGGAGACUGAUAGUAUCAAAGUGUCGAUGGAUCGCUGGCGCAAUGAGACCGAGAAACUGCAAAACUCAGGUCUCGACCUCGCAACCGGCAACAAACGGCUUAGCCCAAUUAUCAGCCAGUGGCACUCUGCGCUCGUCUUGAAAAUCAAAGAGGAGCUCAAAAUGGCCGCCGCGCAGACUAGCCAUGGAGGGUCGUUCGAAGAAAAGCAGCGGGCCGAGACUUCAACUUACCUCCAGAGUAUCGAUCCAGAGAAGCUCGCAGCUAUUACCAUUCUUACUGUGAUAGCUCAAUUCAGUUACAACGGCAUGGAGAAUGGUCUCAAGACAUCUACAGUUGUUACAAAUAUCGGAAGGGAGAUGCAGAAUGAGUUAUGGGCCGCAGAUGCACUCCGCAAGACUUCUGACACGAAUUCUUGGCGGGCGAAAACCUUGAAGGAAAUUUUCUCGAAGCGGAAGACGAAGGAUGGUCGGUCACGGUGGCACGGUCUUGUUCAUAAACUACAAAAAGACGACCCAGAAGUGGUCUGGCCGCCGAGGACGAGAGCUCAAGUUGGGGCUGUCCUGAUGGGCCUACUUUAUGACAUUGCCAAAGUUCCCGUGGUGACUGAAGAUUCUGUCACCAAGAAGAAGGAUACUCACAUGCAACCUGCAUUCCAUCACUCCUACGCAAUCAGCUGGGGACGGCGUUCAGGGUACAUCCAUCUCAACACCGAGGUCGUCAAGUUGGUUGCCCAAGAACCUCCCCCCGAUGUUAUGGGCCGCCACCUGCCUAUGCUUUGCAAACCCAAACCCUGGACGGGCUUUAAAGAUGGCGGUUACUUCAUGUACCCGAAUACCAUAGUGCGUUCGACACCCGGUGAAACAUUGCAGCCGACUUAUGUGCGUGCUGCGCUGCAAAAUAAUGGGCUUGAACAAUUGUGUACAGGCUUGGAUAUCCUUGGAACCACAGGGUGGACAGUCAACAACGACGUGUUCAAUGUUAUGCUCGAGGCUUGGAACUCGGGCGAACCAAUUGCCAAACUUGCUCCCCUGCAUCCCGAUUUGCCUCACCCUCCGAGACCAGACCCCGAUGAGGGAUACGAAGCCGUUAGAAAAUGGGAAGCUGUCAUGCAGGAUAUUGAGAACCGACGAACUGGAAUGCAUUCGAACCGUUGCUUUCAGAACUUUCAGUUGGAAGUUGCCCGAGCUUACCGAAACGAGACCUUCUAUCUUCCCCAUAACGUCGAUUUCCGAGGUCGUGCUUACCCGUUGCCACCUUACCUUAACCAAAUGGGCGCGGAUAAUGCGAGAGGUCUGCUUCUAUUUAGUGAGGCCAAGCCCCUUGGCGCAUCUGGCUUGAGAUGGUUGAAAGUCCAAAUCGCAAAUUUGGCCGGGUUUGAUAAAGCUAGUCUUUCGGAACGGGAGCAAUUCGCUAAUCAACAUCUGGCUGAUAUUCUGGAUUCCGCCGACAAGGGGUUGCACGGCCAGCGCUGGUGGCUUAAAGCAGAGGACCCCUGGCAAUGUUUGGCGGCCUGCUGUGAACUGAGAAAUGCUCUCCAGCUUCCGGACCCCACCAAGUAUCCGUCGCGCCUACCGAUUCAUCAGGAUGGUUCCUGCAACGGAUUGCAGCAUUACGCAGCGCUGGGUGGUGAUAAGAUCGGUGCGCAGCAAGUCAAUCUGGAACCCUCUGACCGUCCCUCCGACGUGUAUACUGGAGUCGCCGAGUUCGUCAAGAAAGCCGUGGCGCUUGAUGCCGCACAGGGCGACCCUCAUGCGAAGCUUCUCGAUGGACGUAUCACUAGAAAAAUCGUCAAACAGACAGUCAUGACCAACGUUUACGGCGUGACGUUUAUCGGAGCUGUGAAACAAGUGCGCAGGCAACUUGUAGACCACUUCCCUGAUUUUUCUAAUGACGAUACGAGGUUCGGGGCUUUGUAUAUUGCUCGCAAGAUCUUCGAGGCUCUGGGAACCAUGUUCAACGGAGCGCACGAGAUCCAGUACUGGCUGGGAGACUGUGCUAGUCGCAUCACCGAGUCUCUGACUCCCGAGCAAAUCGACGAAAUUGCGAAGGAGGUGAUGAUGCCGCAAUCAGACAUCACGGAGCUGAGCAAGAAGAAAAUAAAAGAACUUGAUCCGGCCAGCAAGUUCCGGUCUACAGUGAUUUGGACAACCCCUUUGGGGCUACCCGUCGUUCAGCCGUAUCGGAUCCGCAAAGCCCGACGUAUUAAAACCUCUUUGCAGGACUUGAGCAUUGUCGAUGAGCACUCCGGGUCGACUGUCUCGAAGCGCAAGCAACUCCAAGCGUUUCCCCCUAACUUCAUUCACUCGCUUGACGCUACUCAUAUGAUCUUGUCUGCUACCGCAUGCUACCGAGCCGGACUCACAUUCUCAGCAGUCCACGAUUCCUUCUGGACCCAUGCUUCUGACGUUGACGACAUGAACCAAAUUCUUCGCGAGGCUUUUGUUCGUAUGCAUUCCGAUGACGUGGUGAAGAGACUCGCCGCGGAGUUCGAAGUCCGAUAUGGGCAGAACAUGUACCUUGCCAAGGUCAGUACACUAGGCCCCAUCGGAAGAGCUAUUCGGAAGCACCGGGGGGCGCUCAACCCGGUAUCUCAAAGGGCCAAGGAAUUGUUGGAAGAGACUCAGAGACAGAAGCUUCUGAAAUCCGAUGACCCCGAACUUCAGGCCCAGGGCCGCGCGAUGGUCACGCCAGCCAGUAUCUUCGAGCAAUUAGGGGGUACCGACGAUGAUAUGACCAUCUCCACAUCGCUCGGCGAAACCGCCGUAGGACAUUUGCCGGAAAACAUGGAGGCGGCCGAGCGGAAAGCCUCGGAUUUCAAAGAAGACGCGUUCGAUCCAGCGAUCCAGAGUCUGACGGCGAGCAACUUCGACAGCUUCCUUGGCCCGCAGCUCGGGGACGCUGAGCUUGCCGGCGACGGCGACGCGGCGGAAGACAACGCAGCGGAAGGCGACGCGGCGGAAGAAGAGGCACCGCCGAAAAAGGCGAAGAAUCGGUCGUCUCCUACAAGGAAUACCUGGCUCUGGCUUCCUAUGCGGUUCCGCGAGGUUCCCCAGCGAGGAACUUGGGACCUGACGCGGAUUCGUGACAGCAAGUACUUCUUUUCUUAA